AUUGCCCUUUCAAAGGACACCAAUCCCUUAACCAAGAAAAAAUUCUUUUUUAUUUUUUUUAUUUAAUUUUCUUUUGUUGUUGAAAGACAAGACAUGGAACGGGGCGAUGGGUUCAAUCGUUUUCACAAGCAUGCAAAAUCAAGCUCUGGGUUGAGCGUCAUACAGCCUGGUGACUCCUCAAACACCAACAAUGGCCGCAACACCGCCAACUCCAACACCAUGCGUCCGCCGUGCAUGGUGCGGGAGCAGGAUCAAUACAUGCCGAUAGCCAACGUGAUCCGCAUCAUGCGCCGCAUCCUCCCGGCGCAUGCCAAAAUCUCCGACGACGCCAAGGAAACCAUCCAGGAAUGCGUCUCCGAGUACAUCAGCUUCAUCACUGGGGAAGCCAACGAGCGUUGCCAACGCGAGCAGCGCAAGACCAUCACGGCGGAGGACGUGCUUUGGGCCAUGGGGAAGUUGGGUUUCGACGACUACGUCGAGCCCCUGACUGUUUUCUUGGGCAGGUACAGGGAGAGCGAGAGCGAGAGGACUUCGUUGCGUGGUGAGCCCAUUUUGAAGCGUGGCAUUGACUAUGGGCCCAUGAUGAUGGCCCCGCCUUAUGGGCCUGGUUUCCACAUGGGACAUCACCACCAGGGGAUCUUUGAUGCUGCCGCAGCAGCUGCUGCUAUGGGAGGGUUCUACAGAGAUGGUUCAGGUGCAGCCGGGUCGUCGUCUUCACAGGCUUCUCUGACCAACAACUUUGAUCCAUUUGGUCAGUUCAAAUGAUGGGAAGCAAAGCACAGAUAUGAAUAAACAGAUACCAUGACAAACUACCCAUUGUUUAGAAAUAUAGGGGAGAAGGUAAAACAAUUGGUGUUGGCAUUCAGGGUGAUUGUUCUUCUUUGCUUCUUUGUACUUGGAACAUGUGUUGGAUUCAUUAGUUUUGGUUAAACAAAAAAACUGUAGUUGAGCUGC